UCGAGGAAUGAACCAAUGUCUUUUUUGUAAUGGUGAAUAAUGAUAUCACAAAACGUUCAUAUGCAAAACUCAAGUAUCAGGCGCAUUUUUGUCUGGUGACUGGAAUGGCGAUUGGUUUUACUCUAGCAUAUAUUGUCCUAAUUACACCUACUGUCAGACAUAAUUACUCAAGAAUCUUUGGAGAAGAAUAUCUAGAAGUCUCCGGACCAGUAGGAGAAGUUGGUGAUCAUAACAGAAAUGAUACUUUUCAUAGAAUGAUGAAUACUGAAAUAGCAGACAAUCUCUACAAAGAAGUUAAAAUUUUGUGCAUGGUAAUGACUAGCCCCAACAAUCAUGAAAGCAUAGCGGUUCACGUUAAAGCGAGCUGGGGAAAACGUUGUAAUAUUUUGUUGUUUAUGAGCUCAAAAGCAGAUAAAAACCUACCUGCGAUUGGGCUAUCAGUACGGGAAGGUAGAAAGUUCUCAUGGUUGAAAACAAAGGAAGCAUUGAAAUAUGUUUACAAAAACUAUUACCAUGAGGCUGAUUGGUUUAUAAAAGCAGAUGAUGACACAUACGUAAUUAUGGAAAAUCUGAGGUACAUGGUUUCAGACAUCAGUCCCCAAACACCAAUUUACUUUGGCUUUAAAUUCAGUCCAUUCGUCAAACAGGUGUACAUGAGUCAGGGAAAAGGAUAUGUUCUCAGUAAAGAAGCUUUGAGGAGAUUCGUUGAGGAGGCAAUUCCAAACAGAGAAAUUUGUAACCCACCCGAAAGUGGAGUUGAAUAUGUAGAAAUGGAAAUAUGCCUGGAAGCAGUUAAUGUUGAAGCUGGUGAUUCGAAGGAUUCCAAUCAAAGGGGUUUGGGCUGCUGCUUCGACAAUGCCGUUUCAUUUCAGCACCUGACACCGAAUGCAAUGUACGUCAUGGAAUAUCUUUUGUAUCACCUUCAUCCAUUUGGUAGAAUUAUCAAAUUCUCAGAAGUCCUACAACAACGUCUCAUGAAAAGAAAUGAAAGUAGAGUUUGAAAACUUCAUUUACUAUAGAAAAAUGUAUUUAGGGAUCGAAUAAAAAUAGUAAUUUACAGUAUCAGUUCGAUACUCUAAAGUCGAUUAUAUUCAAAUAGA